AUGGCGGGCGGCUGGGGAUCCGCGUACGCUGCCGCAGCCGGCCUGCUGGGGGCGCUGGCGGCCUGUUCAGCCAAGCUGGCCCUGGGCGCCGACUACCUGCGGGGGAUCUGCGUGGCGGCGGUCGGCUCCGCCGCCGGUCCUUGCGACUGGUUACCCAUCAUACUUCAAGCGGGAUGCGGUGGACUGGUGCUUGCAUGCAAUGCCAUCAUGUGGACUUUCUUUGCCAAAGCCUUAAAAUACUCCUCCUCUUCAGCGGCAGCAACUGUGACAUCAACCACUUCCAACUUCAUCUCUUCUGCUGUUCUUGGCAAUUUGCUGUUUGGGGAGACUCAUGCCCUCUUAUGGUGGAUAGGGAUAUCCAUUACACUCUUUGGCCUUCUGCUGCUCCACACUGCCCCACCUCCAUCAGAAGAACAAAAGCAUCCAAAGGAAAAGAAAACAUAGAACCA